UGCCCUUGGUGAGCCAGUCCAGGGCGAGUGACGUAAACUGUAACCGGUCCGGAAUAUAUAAAUAAAUAAAUAAACACGGGCCGGGAGAGGCAGACACGGAUAUCAGACUGUAGAGACAGCAGCUAUUUAAAGAAAUAAAAAAAACUCCACAAACCUACGACUAUACAUCUCCCUGUCUUGUUUUAUACAUUGAACUCUCGGUGCGUCUGAACAGUAAAAUAACUUGGCUCGCCAUGUUGCUAAGGAAAGUCGGUUUUUCUCCAGUUUUAAGCACAGCGCUCCGGCUAGCCCCUUCUGCCAGCGGGUCAGCCCGUCCAGCAGAGUCCAGUCUCUUCACCUACAAUGGGCGUCCCUACGCCAGCCAGGCUGCAGAGGCAGUUUUGGACAAGCACGCCACCGGCUCAGAGACUGCAGCCAAAACCAGCACCGACAAGAAGACCUCUGACCUGGAGUCCAAGUCGUUUGCAGUGAACAUGUUCAAGGGACAGAUCAGCACAGCUCAGGUCUUUCCAUUCCCCUCCGUAAUGAACGAAGAGCAGACUCAGUUCCUCAGCGAGCUGGUGGGGCCGGUAGCCAAAUUUUUCGAGACAGUGAAUGACCCGAUGAAGAACGACGAACUGGAGAAGGUGGAGGACGGCACCAUGGAGGGGCUGAAGGAGAUGGGGGCUUUCGGACUGCAGGUCCCCUCUCACCUGGGGGGUCUGGGCCUCACCAACACACAGUACGCCCGGCUGGUGGAGAUCGUGGGCAUGCACGACCUGGGGGUGGGCAUCACGCUGGGGGCUCACCAGUCCAUUGGCUUCAAGGGCAUCCUGCUCUUCGGAAACAAGCAGCAGAAAGAGAAGUACCUCCCCAAACUCGCCACAGGAGAGACGAUCGCUGCGUUCUGUCUCACGGAGCCCUCCAGCGGCUCGGACGCAGCCUCUAUCAAGACCGUGGCUGUGCAGAGCGACUGUGGGCAGUACUUCACUCUGAGCGGGGGCAAGAUCUGGAUCAGUAAUGGAGGCCUGGCUGAGAUCUUCACUGUGUUCGCAAAAACCCCCAUCAAAGACAAGACCACGGGAGAGGUGAAGGACAAGAUCACAGCAUUCAUCGUGGAGCGGGGCUUCGGAGGGGUCACCCACGGCCCCCCUGAGAAGAAGAUGGGUAUCAAGGCUUCGAACACGGCAGAGGUGCACUUCGACGCGGUGCGCGUGCCGCUGGAGAACGUGCUGGGAGAGGUGGGCGGCGGCUUCAAGGUCGCCAUGAACAUCCUGAACAACGGGCGCUUCGGCAUGGCAGCGGCGCUGUCCGGCACCAUGAAGGGCGUCAUCAGCAAGGCGGUGGAUCAUGCAGCCAACAGGACUCAGUUCGGCAACAAGAUCCACAAUUUCGGAGUCAUUCAGGAGAAGGUGGCUCGCAUGGCAAUGAUGCAGUACGUCACCGAGUCAAUGGCCUACAUGAUCAGUGCCAACAUGGACAUGGGUGCUUCAGAGUUCCAGAUUGAGGCAGCGAUCAGCAAGAUCUUUGCUUCUGAGGCAGCCUGGACAGUGACAGACGAGUGUAUUCAGAUCAUGGGAGGAAUGGGGUUCAUGAAGGACGCUGGCUUGGAGAGAGUGAUGAGAGACCUCAGGAUCUUCCGCAUCUUCGAAGGAACCAACGACAUCUUGAGACUCUUCGUCGCUCUCAAUGGAUUCCAGAACGCAGGGAAGCAGCUGAAGGGGCUGCAGCACGCUCUGAAGAACCCCAUCGGAAAUGCAGGCUUCCUGGCUGGAGAGAUCUCCAAGCGGGCCAAGAGGAAGGCUGGUCUGAGCUCAGGGCUGAGUCUGCAUGGGACUGUGCAUCCUGAACUGGCAGAGAGUGGGGAGCUGCUGGUGAAAGCUAUUGAACAGUUUGGUGGCGUCGUUGAGGAUCAGCUGCUGAAACACGGCAAGAAGAUUGUGGAUGAGCAGUUUGUACUGAAGAGAGUGUCCGACAGUGCGAUCGAUCUCUACGCCAUGGUGGUCGUGCUGUCCAGAGCGUCCAGGUCUCUGAGUCAAGGGCACUCCUCCGCCCAGCAUGAGAAGGUUCUGUGUGAGACCUGGUGUCUGGAGGCUCACGACAGGAUCAUGAAUGACAUGAAGGCUCUCCAGUCGAGCUCCUCCAAGAGGCUCUUCAAGAACCUGCGCGCCAUCUCCACUGCCGUGGUGGAGAACGGGGGCGUCGUGUCCCCCCACCCCCUGGGCUUCUAGAGCAGAGAGUUCCCCUUUAUACCCAUAAAACUCACCCCCUGGGCUUCUAGAGCAGAGAUCUCCCCUUCAUACCCAUAAAACUCACCCCCUGGGCUUCUAGAGCAGAGAUCUCCCCUUCAUACCCAUAAAACUCACCCCCUGGGCUUCUAGAGCAGAGAUCUCCCCUUCAUAUACAUAAAACUCACCCCCUGGGCUUCUAGAGCAGAGAUCUCCCCUUCAUAUCCAUAAAACUCACCCCCUGGGCUUCUAGAGCAGAGAUCUCCCCUUCAUAUCCAUAAAACUCACCCCCUGGGCUUCUAGAGCAGAGAUCUCCCCUUCAUAUCCAUAAAACUCACCCCCUGGGCUUCUAGAGCAGAGAGUUCCCCUUCAUACCCACACCACUCACCCCCUGGGCUUCUAGAGCAAAGAGAUUCCCUUCACCCACAUAGCUUUCCAUCAGGCUGAACUCAACACCCACAGAAAAUAAAUGCAUUCGGUGACUUUUUUUCAGUGAUGUUGCCACGAACACUUAUUUUUAAGAACUCUGCGCUUGUUUUAAGAAACGAUGCACUUGUUCAAACUCCCUGAAAUGCUUCAGGCUUCUGAUCUACAGCCAAAGCAGUUCAUCUUUUGUAUUAGAAAUAUGGACCUGAAUUAACAUUUUAGGAAGCUAAAUUCAAAGCAGUUUUCACGUCCUUGAAAAUGUGCAUCGGCUUCUUCAGUUUGUAGAGAUCUAACCCUGCAGUGUUUGCUAGCCUCUCUUUGAACAUGUUCCCGUUAUAAAGCAGCCCUCUGUUUCUGUAAAUGGAUUGCAUACGAGUUGCUAAACUAAUCUGCUGCGAGGAGAUUAUAGAUAAUACUGUGGCUAUAACUGUACGGUUUGUGCUACCAGUUGACUUGUGCCUAGCUGCUCAUUUUAAAAGGUGUGAACCACAGGUUUAAAACCUUUUUCUGCCUUUGUGAAACUCUUGCUGUUUUUCCAGGCUGCUUUUAUUUCUGCCAGCUAAUCCCCAUUGUGUUUCAGGGAAUCUGACCUUGUCUGAGGUUUGCAUAGGAAACUGGGGGGGGGGAGAGGUAGGGGGCGUUGUCCUUUUAUAAAAGUGCCCCAUAGUAAAAGCAUAGCAAAGUGUAAUAAAUCACAGGGGAAGCAUUGUAAGGAACAGCAAGGCAUGGUAAAGCAUAUUUAAAAAACAAACCAUGGUAAACCAGCCCUUCUAAAACUUUCCCAUAGUAAAAUCAUAGCAAACUAAUAAAACAGGUGAAAGCAUGGUGAUGCACAGAGAGGCAUGGUGACGCACAGAGAGGUAUGGUAAAGCAUAGGAAAGUAGCAAAACAGCAAUUUGAAUGCAAUAGAGGAAAUUCCAGUCUGAAUCAGCAGAAACGUCCUGAAAAAACUUACAGAUUUUAGCAAGUGACAAAUAUAAACUGGUAAAUGGGGGAAGCACAGGAAAACUGCUAAAUUACCACGAUAAACGUUUAUAGGGGUAAGAGGAUAGGAAAGCAUGGCCUGUAGCAGGAUAAAUAGACGUCGCCAGUCAAUGCGAGAAUCUGGGGAACGGAAGUACACCAUCAUUGCACUACAGUGCCCUCCACUGGUCGGAGGCUCUCCAGGCUGGGCUGUCUCCUUCAGGGCUCAAUCGCCAGUUAACUUUUAAUUCAGUGAGUGGAGAUGGUCUGAUUUUCAACACUCCUGGUCAGUGGGUCACAGCAAUGAGGCCACAUUCGAAUUUACUUUUUUCAUUUUCAAAAUUGAGAAAUUCUAAUGAAAGAAAUUGUAAGUAAAUUGUGGCACAGCAGGUUAACGACUUAUCACUCUUGUAUGCGAGUGUAAACGGGGAUAAUUGUGAAUAGUUUUGUCAGGGUGUUAGCUGUUGUCCUCUGUUAAUAAAAUAAACCUUCUAAACUCGUAGAUUUUGGUGACACAGUUUCCAAAGAUUUGAAAUGUGUUUAGUGAUGGGUGAUCUGCAGCAAAGGGGCAAACUUUUACCAACUGUACAGAAUUGACAAAAGAGAAACGGCAAACCACUUUGAAGCUUUGAAAACCACUGCAAAAGAAUGAUGAUCUGUCUAAUUGUUUUCCAGACAACAUGAUUAUCAAUCCUGCACUGCAUGUUGUUCUCUUGUGCAAGGGAUAAUAUUUGAAUAUUGGAACCUACGUUGUUAAGAAUGUAUUACAUGUUUGACAGGAGUAUGAAAUGUAAUUUUAAGGUUGGUAGACAAGGUAAAACAAUACAGCUUAACCUUUGUGUUAUUCAGUGUAAUGUGAUAAUGUCUAAUUUGUAUGCGAAAUAAAUUCUUCUGGACAAA